UUAGAUAUAAUCAAAGCUCGUUGAAACGUUACGAUAUAAAUUACGUAAAAUGUGUAAUAGUGUUCGAUUAUUCAACAGGAAUAAAAGUUGAGUCUUUUCUGAGCUUCCGACAACUGUUAACUUGUUUGUACUCAUUCACUGCAGCACAACAAAAUGAUGGAUUGGAUUCGAUAUUAACAAUUGUUUCGAAUAAUUUAAGAAAAAUGAAUUUAUUAAAAGAAUAUUCAAAAUAUUGGAUUUAUGCGCCUGCUGGAGUAUUUAUAUUUGUGGGUGUCUGGAAAAUGAGACAUCAUUUUAAAAGUUUCGACAAUCAAACUGAUGAAAAUCAAGUCAUGAAGGGCGUAAUAACUAUCGGUUUUGAAGGUCUCAAGGAUAUUCGAAUUGUAGAGGACCUACAAAAACCUAAUAUAAAGGACGAUGAUGAGAUUUUAAUACAAGUGAAGGCUGCUGCGAUAGAUGUUUUAGACUUGAAAAUUACUCAAGGUUACGGGAGAGUUUUGAGACGCCAUCUGAACAGAUUUACAAAGCACACGAAAGGAGAAUUUCCAGUUAUUUUGGGACGAGAUGCUGCGGGAAUCGUUGAAGAAGUUGGAAAGGAAGUAACUUCUGUUGAUGUUGGCGAAGAGGUUUGGUUCUUUUCUAAUUAUUGGCAAAGUGGAUUAAUGGCCGAGUACGUUGUAGUGAAGGAAAGUCAAGUAAAUAAGAAGCCAAAAAAUUUGACUUUCGAACAGGCAGCAAGUUUGCCUUAUGUUGGAAUAUUAACCUUAGAUGUUUUGCUCAAUCAAGCAAAAUUAGAUCCAGGAUCGACAAGAAAUAAAAGAAUUUUGGUUCAUGCUGGCCACACAGCCUAUGGGAUUUUAGCAAUUCAACUAAUCAAGUUAUGGGGAGGUCACGUGACAACAACAGUUCCGACUUUUGGUUUGCCUUUAGUCAGAUUGUACGGUGCAGACGACGUAAUUGUUUAUUCGGUUACUGACUUUAAAACCGAGCUUCAGAAAAGAAUAAAAUACGAUAUUAUAUUAAAUCCAGUUGGAACUUUUCUCCACGAAUCGUGUCUCGACAUCUGCUCUUCCAAUGGUCGAGUAGUAUCGAUUGUAAAUUCACCUUUUAUAUUCGAUUCGUGCGGAAUUUUAAUGGGAAUUGUCACUUCAGCGUGGAUGAAGUUGAAAUUUAUGAUUCUAGAGCUUUUCGGUAAGAUAUCUUGGAAUUACAUGACACUUGAUAUAACGACAUUAAAUAUGCUAGCAAAUAUGAUAGAAAAUGAAGAGUUGGAAGCUGUUGUUGAACAAGUAUAUGAUAUUGACAAUGCUUACGAGGCAUUUAAACAUUUAACAGAGGAAACCGCUGUGGGAAGAACUGUUGUACGAAUACAAAAGAAUAGUGAUACUAAUGUGUAAUAUUAACUUAUUUCAUUAAAUUGUUAGUUUAACUUGUAAUUUUACUAUAAAUAAUAAUUAUUAAUCCUCUCUCAUACUUUAAUCACUAAUCUUUAAUUUACUGUAUUAAUAGAUAAGAAUUUGAACCAACCCAAAUUUAUAAUAAAAAUUUUGUACUGCAAAUAAAUCUUGUACAGUGUAUUUAUGAAGCCGUUGCAAAAUUAUUAUGUUUGCAAAUAUUUUUAGAGAAUGCAAAAUAACAGAUUCAUAUAACCAAGUGCAU